AUGAGGUUCUCCAGGGAGAGCCCCGACAAACUUAUGAAGGGGGUUUCUCCUUCAUCUACAAUGAAGAAGAAGAAUAGUACCAUAUCUGGAAGAAAUGAUCGAUUCUGCAGGUCUAGUUCAAUGGGCAAUAGAGUUGAUGAGAGAGGGGCUAUCCAUAAGCAUGGAAAGAAGGCUGCUGCUGUCUUUCAAGAAUCAAAGGAUGUUGUGGUCGACUAUCAAUUGGAGAGUCCAAGAUGGGCUGAUGAGAGUGAUUGCAUGUGGUUGUUUUCAGAUUGUAAGUCUCCUUCAUUUAGUUUUGAUGACCAUAUUUCAUGGGAUGUUUGUGAACUUGAAUCGAAGGACCCGUUUCAUGACAAAUGGUGCUCCUCAUUACUAUCAAAAUGUUCUGAUCUUUCAUUGAGUGAAGGAACUCAUUUCUUUGAUGGGUCUAAGGUAAGUCCUAUAGAAGAAUCAUCGUUGGUUCUUGAAACAACUUCAAAUGGUGCAGAAUCGGUUGGACGUGAGGAGUCAAAGGAAAAAGAACUGGUAGGUUGGCUACUGAAUUCAGCUGGAAAUGGCCUAAAAGAUACCUCUUUUUCUUUUUCUGGGAGUGUUGAUUCACAUUAUGAAUCCUCUCUGUUUGAGGGCUCUUCGGUUUCUAGCAGUGCUUGGACAUCUCUCAGUACUCUUGAUGAUGCUUCCUCUCUGACACGGGAGUUUGAUCAAGCAGGUAUUCAGGUUCCUCUAUUGGAUCUUGACAGGGAAGACUCAGAGUGGGUGUCAGAUAAAGACCCUGAGUUCGAUGUUCUCUACUCUGAUUCCCCCAGCCCAUCUUACAAGGUCAAACGAAAUUCUGAAGUUGGAUCUUUUCAAUGUGAUUCUUUUCCAUCGGUUCAACGAAAACAUGAAGAGUUCAGUCAUACUUUGCCUUCAGUGGGUGUAUCAGAGGCUACCAAUCAAGGAGAUGUUAAUACUGAUGAACCUCUAUUCUGGCCAUUUGAGCAGAAGAUUGAGUGGAAUGCUGAAAUAGCUUGGGAUUCUUUUUGCAUUUCGCCACCUAAGAGUGGAAGGAAGAUUGCGUCUUGCGAAAGAUUCCACACUCCCAGGUCAACUGGAUUAAGACUAAAUGAGAGAAAGAUGGAUCUCAAAGAAGGAUGUAAGAGAAGGAUUAUUUUCAAUUCAGGAUCAAAACUGGAGUGCAAAAGGACAGAAGGAGAAAAGGCUAUCUGGAGGAGCAAUAUCAUGUCUGCAAGGUUGAGUAGAUCAUUCAAAGAUUCCAUGAGUAAGAUACUUCCAGAGAUGAAAGAUAAAAAGGAAGAACUAACCAAUGAGAAAGUUCAAAUUGAGGCAUUGGUGAAAGAUUCUAAAUUCUUAGAGGAAUGUUCUGUAUCAAAUGAAGACAUCCCAAUUGAGUCUUUGAUUGGCCUCAACGAAUUUGACGGGCAUGAGGGAGUCGAUGCAGAAUUCAACAAAGAUCAGUUUUUGUUAGACGAGUAA